GCGGCGGAGGGGAGAGAUCGGCAAGCCUCCCUCUUGAUUGACAGGGUGAAGGACCAUUGAAAAUCUUGCAGGGGAACUCCCAGGUCUGUGUGAAGCUCCUUUUAAAAAUCCUUCCUGAUUCCUCCUCCCCCAGUAGAUGGCAGCUUUGCAGGACCCAGAGACAAUUGGGAAACCCGGAGCAGGAGGAGGCUGGAGUAAGGCGAGCGCUCCCCUUCCGCUCCCGAGUCCCUUUCUGGGCACCCCACGCUCCCGAGUGAGACCCUGACGGAGGCUCCCCCCGGGCCGACUGCAGCCGAGCCUAAGAGAGGCGAAACUUCGGCUCCCAAGGUCUUAUGUCACCAUGCAGCACUAUGGAGUGAAUGGCUAUUCUCUUCAUGCCAUGAAUUCUCUGAGUGCCAUGUAUAAUCUUCACCAACAGGCAGCACAGCAAGCUCAGCAUGCCCCAGACUACAGGCCGUCUGUGCAUGCCCUGACGCUGGCAGAGAGACUGGCUGACAUCAUUUUGGAGGCCCGUUAUGGCUCCCAGCACCGCAAACAGAGGAGAAGCCGCACAGCUUUCACAGCCCAGCAGCUAGAAGCCCUGGAGAAAACUUUCCAGAAGACUCACUAUCCAGAUGUGGUGAUGAGGGAGAGGUUGGCCAUGUGUACCAAUUUGCCAGAAGCCAGAGUUCAGGUUUGGUUUAAAAACAGGCGAGCCAAGUUCCGAAAGAAGCAGCGCAGUCUGCAAAAGGAGCAGCUGCAGAAGCAGAAGGACUCUGAAGCCAACCACAGUGAGGGCAAAGCAGACACUCCCGUCCUAGAAACACAGACUCCGACUCCUGAUGCAGACAAAUCCAUGAGCCUGCCCAGUGAAGUCAACACAGAGCUCAACCUGACUCUCUCGGAGCAGUCGGCCAGCGAGUCGGCAGCUGAGGACCAGACAGACAGAGAGGAAGAAUUCAAGAUCUCGCUGGAGGAGAACAAAGCAGAAAAGAGCCCCGGAGCCGAAAACAAGGCACUGAGCAGCAAGAGAGCAAGCCCAAAAGCAGAUUCCCCCAUCAAUGCCACGGCCACGCCAUCUUCCAGUAGCAGCAUGUCUCAGACACACUCCUAUUCCUCCUCGCCCCUCAGCCUCUUCCGCCUGCAAGAGCAGUUCCGCCAGCACAUGGCAGCCACAAACAACUUGGUCCAUUACUCCUCCUUCGAAAUGGGGAGCCCUUCCACCAUGCCUUAUUUGGGCAUGAAUGUCAACAUGGCACCCCUAAGCUCCCUGCACUGCCAGUCUUAUUACCAGUCGCUCUCCCACGCCCAGCAGGUGUGGUCCUCUCCUAUCCUGCAGGCUUCGUCCUCUCUUCCAAGCCUGAACAGUAAAACGACGAGUAUUGAGAACCUUCGGCUGCGAGCAAAGCAACACGCUGCCUCUCUGGGCCUGGAUACUUUACCAAACUGAGAGCCAGGCAGGGGGGUGGGAAAUGGCAAGAACCCAACCAACAGAUGACCCUAAGGAAGCGCGCCAUGCCUUUGCCACUGAAUGGGUUUGUCUUUAACACACGGCACAGCUCUUGGCUCUGUCCCACGUCAUGUUGUUCCCACCAGUCCUGGGGGAAAUGUUGACCCAAGUCUCCUAUAGCUCUGGUUUCCACGUCAGACGUUGCUACUGCCUAUUUCCAUGGCCCAUUUUAAAAAUAAUUAUGACAACCCAGAGGAAGGAAAGAUGUCUUAAAAAUGUGAACUUGUCUUCAGAACUGUGAGUCAAACUAUGUAAUAUUCAGAGAGAUGCUUUAGAUGGCGCUACGAUAAAUGUGAUUACUUUGUUUCUUUGCGGGACUGGGGAGCUUCAUACUGUACAUAGUCUAUAUGAUGUUGAAAAUGUUCCUUCACUUGUGUGUUAACGUCAGUGUUGCCUUAUGCAGAAUUGUGAAGCACCUCCCUUCCCUUUUCUUUUACAUUUAUACUUAGAUAGUAGAUAGAAUCAACUCUAUAAUAAUAAUUAUAAUAAUAAUAAUAAUACAAAAAGCCAGCUGACCCAGGUGUGGUUUAACUGAAAGCUGUUCUGAGCCCCCAAUGCCAUGUUCUCCUCUAGUUCUUUGAAAUUGCCCCAUUUUAUUAAUAUCAGGUGAUGGUUGCAACUUUGUCCUGGUUAAAUCACUUCCAGUAGGACAGUAUCCAAUUUCUAGAUGAGUUCUUCAAAUGAAAUGAGAGGCAUGAACACACUAGAAUUUUUUGGAUGAAGAGACUUUUUUCGGCCUGCUGAACUGUACACACUGACUGUGCCAUUACAAGAUUUUAUUGUGCCUGCGUGUAAACUUUGAUACUAAUUUGGACAAUGGAGAGUAAUUAAAAUGUGUGAAUGUGCCAUCUUCCACUGUUUUUCUUUA